AUGGCUGCGAGAGCGGCGCUCCUCCUGGCUGUCAGCCUAGUCCUCGCUGCCGUGGCGAGCGCGACCUACUGCCCGCCGCCGCCAGCCCCCAAGCCACCGACGCCGCCGCCAGCCCCCAAGCCGCCGACGCCGCCGCCCAGCGGCGACCACGGGUCGUGCCCCAGGGACGCGCUGAAGCUGGGAGUGUGCGCCAACGUGCUGGGCCUGGUGAAGGCCAAGAUCGGCUCGCCGCCGUACCAGCCGUGCUGCUCGCUGCUGGACGGGCUCGUCGACCUGGAGGCCGCCGUCUGCCUCUGCACCGCCAUCAAGGCCAACAUCCUCGGCAUCAACCUUAACCUCCCCAUCGACCUCAGCCUCAUCCUCAACAACUGUGGCAAGAACUGCCCCAACGAUUUCCACUGCGCAUAG